AUUCUUCGGUAAAACUCAAUUACCCGUCAACCCGUUGUUUAUUCUAAAGUCACGAGGUAGUGAUUUUGGGGUGGAUUCAUACUUCUGUGUGAAGCAGUGUGAAACAAGACCUGGCUCGUAUUCAACUUGUCGAAGCAUCAAUAUUCGGCCAGCCAGAAGAAGCCAGCCGCCAUGUGGAAACGGAGUUAAUACCAGUACUGCAGUUGGCGCUUCCCUCCGUCCAACAAGUUCAACAUGAUGCCCAUGGUCUUUGAAGUCUCAAGCAGCGUGACGCUGCUGUUUGACUUCUGGCAUGUGAACAGCCCUGGAGGUAUGUUUGUGUCAGUGCUAGUGGUCAUGCUGCUCACAAUUUUAUAUGAAAUGCUCAAAGUUUGGAGGUUGUGGCUUGGAAGGGGCCCGUCGUUGAAAGAAUAUUCGACUCCUUAUGCUGGCACACCAUCCCACCAAAUCGACAACAGUUCUGUGCUAGAAAACAGCCACUCCGAAAGCUCUUUGACGACAGGAGAAUCAAGCUCUUUCUUUCCAAACAACAAGGCCAGUUGGUUGCUACACGGAAUCCAGACAUUGCUCCACUUCCUGCAGGUGACUUUGGGCUACAUGCUGAUGUUAUGCGUCAUGUCCUUCAACACUUGGAUCUUUCUCGGCGUCAUUUUGGGUUCUGCACUGGGUUAUUUCAUCUCAUUUCCACUGCUAGAGCAGUUUAGAUGAACAGUAAAUUCCAGGGUAUGAACCCCCCAGAAAUAAAAUAAUAAAUCUUCGUUGAAAAUGUUAGAGCUGUUUUGAUGCUUGGGCAUUUUUGUCAAAAUGUCAGGGAAUCUGUAUAACACAAUUCAUACUGGUUGUGCAUGGAUUGCAAGGGUUUGUCCCAUACAGCUCCAUUGGACACUCAAGACAGAAGAACCACCACCAAUAUUUUUUUUUUUUUUUUUUAGAUUUUGUUGUGUUUUACGGGGUGUGGCAAUUUUUUUGUUUGUUUUUUGUGCAAUUAUAUCGCCCAUCAAUUAUUUGCCGAAUUUUGCUAUUCUGUACGGUACUUGAAUGACAUGAACUCUCAUGUUGGAAAGGGAAAUUCGAAAUUCAGGAGUUGUAAAUUGAUUUGAGGUAUUUAAGAUUAGCUUAAUAAUUCACAGCAGGAACUCAAUGGGUGCAAAGGUUAUUAGCAAUGACCUCAUGAUUAGUAACUUCGUAGAUUAUUACACUAUUGAUAUAAGCUUUAAAAACGCCUAAAUUAGGUGGUAAUUAAGUUGAUUUUUGUUUCGAUAUUCUGAAUAUGCCUCAGUUUGAUUAAAUACAGAAAAUUGUUAC